AUGCUGCCAUUGGACUGUAGGGCUACACACGUGGCCUUCAGGCUUGAUGGACACAAUGAUGGAUUCAUGACCGAGCUGGUGUCGUUGACAGCGCUGGGCAGCGAUCAAUACUACCUCAAAGCAGUCGGGGCAGCUCCACAGGCACAGUCUGCUCAUCCGGAUGGCUUACUUCUUGGUGUCCGCUUCAGCGAACGCAUGGAAGCAGGGCUUGAGGUGCGAGUGCUGCAUGUGGCACCCCUGCAGGUCGCGGUCAACGCGACCCGGCGAAUCCUGGCGUUGCGGCCUGGAUGGAGGUCGGACUCGGAGUCUCGGAUGCUGGAAUUGGCCCCGGGUGGCCGUGCAGCGCUGCAUUGGCGCGGUGGCCAGGAGCUCCUGGUGCAGGCUCGCAUCAGCGACCUCACAGGCUCUUGGUCACGCUGGUCUGGACGGCUGCCCGUAGGCAGUGUGGGCGAAUAUUCCUUCCAAAGCUGUUGGGAGAAGAUGAGCGAAGUGGUCUUCGAGAACUUCCGGGUCGAGGUGCGAAAUGUGGAGGCGACGACCUAUUUUGUCUUCCGGGAGGCAGGAAAGAGUGCACCGAUCCUCUUGAGGAAUUUCAGUGUAGAACCUCUUCUAUUCCAGCAGGAGCUCCCACAUGACCGGUUCGGCGAGGACUCUGAAGAUGGCGACAAGCGACAGCGGUGGUUCAGAGCAAGUAGCUUCACCAGCAGCAGUCACAGCACUCCUGAAGUUGCAGUGAAUCGGCGUGGGCUCAAGCUGGAGCCGGGUCAGACUCGGCCAUUCGCCUGGGCCGAGCCUUUGGGCAGCGCCAAGCGCUUGGAGGUGCGGAGCUUCCUGACGCCAGUGAUGACGCGGCUCACCUUGGAGAAGACGGAGAAGUCCCUUCCGCUCGACAUCUCGAAGCAUCCGCUUUUCUAUGAUGUGGUCACGUCUGGGUCCAGUCUAGUGAUGACGGUGAGAGAUCGGCCCAGGCCCGAAGCCUUCCCUGCACUGUCCGAGGACCGGGAGCUUCAGGUCAACGUGAACCUGGCUGGCCUUGGCCUUUCCUUGGUCGCUCCGACUUCCUGUGCGUUUCCAGAAGCUCAGGACAACAGUGAUGAAGUCUUGCGCCGGGAGCUCUUGAACUGCUCCGUGGAGAAGAUCGUGGGCGCCUUCCGGCGGCACGAUUUGAUUGAGACGCUGGAGCUCAGCCUCCAGGAGGUGCAGGUAGACAACCAGCGUGAGGAUGCAUCGCACCCGGUCCUCUUGAAGCGGCGGGGCGAGGGCAAGGAGGAUGCUUUACCGCUUCUGCAGCUGGUGCUGAGCCGCUAUUGCGAUGCGGAGCGGCCACAGCUACUGCACUUUGACCGAUUGGAGGUGAAGCUCAGGAGCAUAGACCUGCGGCUGGACCAAGGUUUCAUCUUUGAUGUCAUGGCCCUGGCCACCAGUAUCCGCUCCAGCUUGGGUGUGUCCACGGACUCAACAGCCGAUCGAAACGGCGACGAUUUGGGCCUUGAGAAGGAGGGCCUCAAGCUGCACUUCAAUCGCUUGGAGUUGGGCUCAGCUAAAGUCCGUGUCUCCUUCGCUGGGAGCAGCUGGGGCAGUGCCCCGGGCGACGUGGCUUUCUGGAAGCGUCUCUUGUCCAGCCUCUCUUCGGUCGACCGCGCCGUACUCCGCUUUGAUGAGUACACCCUGCAGGAGACCACUGCAGAUGCAGAGAACUUCGUCACUACUCUGCGAGGUCACUAUGUGAAGCAGUUCUGGCGAGAGCUCAAGUGGUUCGUCGGACGUUUGGAGGUCCUGGGGACCCCGGUGACCUUCUGUGGCUCCGUCGCCCGCAGUUGCAAGGAGGGAGCCUUGGCACCGUACAAGGGGGCGACGAGGUCACCAGAGGACAUGUUGGAGGGCUGCCUCCUGGGAACUGGUGGCUGUGUCCGCAAUGCGCUCUUCGAGUGCUUCAACUCCCUUUCUAAGGCGACUGGGGCUGCUUCGCAAGGCUGUCGUAUUUGCCUUCCAGAGGACUUUCAGAAUCCACCCACGCGUGGUGGUCUCAAAACAGCUUGCGACAGCUGCAUGGGCACCAUGUGCCACUCCGUCACCGGUCUCUGCACGCGGCCGGUGCGUGGCUGCCGCCGGGGGGGUCUCCGUGGCUGCGCCAGCGGUGCCACCGAAGGUCUUUUCGGCUGCGCGGGUGGAAUCAUCGUCGGCUGCCUGGACAUGACCCGUCAGACCACUGAGAGACUCCGCAAUGCUGCCAGCCGGACUGAACAGGGCCGCCGGCGUCUACCACGUGCGUUGUACGGCGUGGAGCGGGCGCUGCGGCCUUUCGACCAAAGAGAUGCUGAACUGAAGGCGCACUUCGUCGCAUCUGACCCCAGCCUGGCCUCCAUGGCCUUGCUGGAAACCGUGAGGGAUGAGAAUGGCUUGGUGGCGGCGGUGUCAGAUCUCCACUUCCUCUACUACAGCAGAGACGGCCAUCUCACGAAAGUGCCAUUGGAAGACAUCAUGGAAGUUGAAGUUUCUGACAAGGCCAUCGUCCUGCAGCGCGCCGGUCUGGGCGAGCUGCGCUUGGACGACGGAGCUCCGGAGCGCCUCCGCCGGGCUGGGCGACUGUUGGGCGAAUGCCUGGCGGUGUGA